GACGCAUACCUGCUAACCGCUUUCAAAAUGCUCACAAGCACAUUCGAGCGACUUUUAAACAAAUCCGCAUUUUUAGAUGCUCAUAUACAUAGUGUUUCAAUUUCCCAGGCUCAUCCAGGGACCAUCACAGGCAACUGCAACCUCUGUUGGCCGAGAGCCGGCCGCUCCAUAAUAUUUAACUAAACAUGCGACUGCCAAACGACAACGCCUGCGCCAGCGAUCACAGUGAUGAUACUACCACCUCCGGAGAGUCACCGGUGGUGCCUUGGGUGAAGAUUUACAGAGUUGAACAUCGCUUGAACAGUGACACGCUGCGGUCACUUCAAGGCAGUACACUUGACGCCGGAGAAACCUUAUAAAUGGCCCUGCCCUACUACAUACAGCCUCGUGCACGUUAAACUCCACCUCCACCUCUACAUUCCUUCCUCGCCCCAACUGCCGAAGCAAUGCGAGACACCGCGGCCUCUCGCAAGUUCAUCGAUCUAAUUCGCCAGGCGUCAUCCAAGUGGGCAAACUGGGACCCACCAAUUAAAAUCAAGGUCGGAGACUAUGGGACGAUCGAUAGUGAAUCUGGAGAGCUUGACGUGGAAGGGAAUAUCUACGAAGCAGCAUUCCAAGAGUCACUAAACAAGCAAGGCUUGAAGAUCGAUUUAUCUGAUGAAUCGUGUCAGCCUCAGAAGGGCGGACUCGACGACAACAUCAUCAUGUCCUCUUCGGGCGUCAAACAGGGAGAUUUCUCGAUGAAGCCAGAAGUCUCAUUCCUCAACCUGGCCUCUGCCUCCGUCAAGGCCGAGUUUCAAUUUCAGGAAGGCAAGCGAGGCGCCAUCCUUGUAAUGCACAAGCCCCUGCAGGAAUAUAUUCCACGGGGCAAGGUUCUGAAUCUUGUCCACAACGCAACCGAGCUGCAUGACAAAUACCUUGUCACCAGCACGUUCACGUGCCCGGGAUAUUAUAUAUAUUUGUCUAACAAGUCCGGAGAGAGAAUAGCACUGGCGCUUGCCGCCAGCGCACCGAUUCUAGCUGCAGGAGGCGUGACUGCUGGCGGAGCAGUUUCGGUGGAUUGGUGGACUGAUGCUCAAGCAGCAUUCCUCCGAAAAGCGUUUGACAAGGCUGGACAGUACCGCUACACGCCACUGUACGCCAUGAAGCGCCAAAAUGGUAAUGGUCUUAUACGGCGAUUAUUCCGCGGGGAAGGGGGAGAGGGAGAGGACACAGAAGACGAUUUGUGGCUUGACUGUACAACACCGUGGGAGCCUCUUGAUGAAGACGGCGAGCAAGAUCCAGUGUGGGAGGACGCAAACGAUGAAUUUGCUCCCCGAUCAGCGGUAGAGGGCAGUCUUCCGUUCGCAGAAUAGCGUCUGUAUUUUGGUUCGUGUUGUCCGUUUGGUUGAUCGGUUUGUUUCUGGAUCUCCGCUAGCUGUAUGUGUCUGUACGAUAUCUCUCUCAUCUAUAUACCAUGCAAUACAUACACUCCGACUAUUCUCACCAAGCGGAAGUGCUUAAUGAC